UCGCUGUCUUGCACCCUUCACCUGCACAAAACGCCAGCGUGGAAGCGCGAAGUUCGCUGUCGCACACGCUAACCUUCACUUUGGUUUAUGUGCCCAUGUUCGUCAGUUGAUGGCUACUCAGGAAAACUGCUUCUUGUGUGUGAAUUGGUGAAACCUCUUGUCGACGUUACCCUUUGUUUGCGUCCACUCCAAAACACUCGGCCAAAGACAAAGCCCCAUGAGGAACUCUCCCGCUUCUGCGCGCGGGACAGGGGAACUUUGAGACGGCGACGCCAAGCACGAGGUAAUGUGCACACUGCCCAUAGGGCAGCUUUCCUUCCCAUUGAAUACGUCUAGAGUUGCCGAAAGGUGAACAGAAGCAGAGACCCUGGAAAGCAUCUCAUCGUGUUAGCAAAGCGCAAUUCUCUGCAGGGCUUCUACACAAUGUUUGCUUCUCUACGGUCACCGAGACCCCCACCCGCAUAUGUUUGCCGAAUCGACACCAUCGACACCCGAAAGCGUCUUCGUUUCUCGGUUCUCUUCAACGAGAGUACGCGGACUUGAGUCAUGGAGAGGCUUUCUAUCCCGUUGUUUUUGAUAAGGAGCUGGAGAAACGCAUUGUGCUGUCGACGCUCUCCCAACUCCUUCCGUAUCUAGGCGACAUGUGAACACACACCGUUCACGACGUCCACCUUUUCGUGCUCUCGUCUCCGUUUUUCAGCUAGAUGGAGAGACUCAACCCCCGGCGUCGUCUCGCCUGUGCCGCCAGUGAACGCGAGAAAGCUAGGAAACGCGACGGGGGAUGGAAAGCCACGCGUCGAACACCAAAUCUCUUUGCGGUUUCUUUCAAUAAUGUGACCGUAUGUUUCUCGACACCAUGGCAACCGUCCGCGAUAAAGAUGCCUCAAAACUGGAACACCACGCCGGCUCGAAAUCGAGAGCUCUCGGCGAACGCUCGCACAAACAAGGAAGCGGGAAAUUUAAUUGGGGUCACGUCCCCGACCGAGUCGAAGACGCAGAGAGUGUGGAGCAAGAAGUGGAUAAGGAAGAUCCAAUUUAUGACAGCGACAUUCCACAGCAAGAAGGAAAGCCACGGGAGACGCGGAGAGACAAGAGGAAAGAAUCUGAGGUGGCUUUCCCAGAGUAGAAGAUUUCGACUUCUGGGCGCCCCAGGCCAGCAACGAGGUCGAGGAGGAAGCAGGAAACAAGAACACAAGCUGACAUGCACCUGGAGAGACUCCGGAGACACCGCGCCAACGGCGAAGAGCGAGGGAGACGCUGCGUCUGAUGUGAGAGAGAGGCAGGAAGCGCGCGGCUGUGGAGAAACGAUGUCCGACGCCUGCAAGAUUUCCGUCGUCUCCACGUUGUGUUUGGGAAUGACAAACGCCUCCACUUUUCCCUGAUGCACACCUGGAGCCACUCAGACAUCCAAAGAAACGCGAGGAGACGUCGACGGCCUGGAGCGUACAUACACCGCAGAAGGCGUGUCUCGGUUUCGCGCGUUUCCCGCUUCCGCCUCCCCUCAAUUUGGGAAGUGAUUACGGAAGCAAACGUCCAUUUUUUGGCCCUUUCUGUCGACGAAGUUCGGAUCCACAUAGUCCGCCGGGAGGGGGGCGUCAGGCAGCUGCAGAGUCACACGGCAAGAGACACCCGAGAGAGAAACUCAACAUGAAACAGCUCGGAUGUCGACGAGAAUGGAACAAAAGGAACGCCAGAGCCACUGUCAGUGGGCCGGAAAACUAGAAAUUACCGCAGAAUGCAUGCGCGAUGUCGGCACGUAUGCACAGAAAAGUACGACGACCUGGUUCAUCCCGGCCCACACAGACACACAACUGUUUCUUUCCACCUACACAAAUGUCUGUUCACAGAUGCAUCUCGAUCUAGACUCUCCAGACAGGCAUGCAUACGCAGAUGUGUACAUGUCCACUGUUGCUUCGAAUCGAAAACUGUAGCUGUCGACAGGCUUGUGUGAGGACUUAUCUUUGACCGUGUACACGGGUGCAUGCAUCUACAGAGACUGCGCUAGAGGUGCGUUUCAAAAGACGAAGGUGCCAUUUCUGGCUGGCAGCGGAAAGACGGUUUUUGCGUU